AUGUUAAAGAAUAUCCGCAGAGCAUAUUCUUACAUUUCUCUGGAGCAAACUGGAGCGCUUUCGAUUUUGAAAUUUAACCGACCGAAGAAAUACAAUGCGAUCAACCCUGACAUGUACGAUGAGAUCGGAGAUGCAUUGAGAAAAGAAAAGGCUAAUGAUUCUUCGUCACUAUUGGCAAUUACUGGCGAAGGUUCCUAUUAUUCUUCCGGAAACGACCUGACUGCUUUUGCUAAAUGGAUGGCACAAGGCAAAUCGCAAGAAGAAAUGGCCGAAACAGCGCAUGAUAUCAUGGUCCCUUUUGUCGAUGCUUUUAUCGAGUUUGACAAGCCUAUGAUCUCUGUUGUGAAUGGACCGGCUGUUGGAAUCGGAGUUUCUCAUCUUGGCCUUGCUGAUUUUGUUUAUGCUCAUGAAUCAGCAACUUUCUACAUGCCCUUUACGAUACUUGGUCAAUCCGCCGAGGCUUGCUCUUCAGUGACAUUCCCGAAGAUCAUGGGUCCUUCAGAUGGGCACGCUAUGAUCAUGUUCAACAAGAAAAUCGACGCCGAAGAAGCGAAAAACUCGAAGCUCGUUGGAGAAAUCUAUUCUGAUGAUGGACCUGUUUGGCAAAAAAUCGAGGAAUAUUCUAAAUUGCCGAAGAAGUCGUUGAAAUACUCAAAACAGCUCGUUAGGACUGCAGCAGAUGUCGAAUUCUUGAAACAAGUAAAUCUACGGGAAGCAGCUCGACUUCGAGAGCGCUGGGCGAGUCCUGAUUGCGCAGAAGCAAUCAUGAAGUUUUUGAUGCGAAAGGGUUGA